AUGGAUGGGGAACUAAAUGUAACAUAUAUAACGCUUGGUGGUCAUGUUGAAUUACACAAAUACAGGUAUCUUUAUUUUAUAAUCAUGUUUACAGUUUAUAUUCUAAUAAUCUGCUUUAAUUCUACUAUUGUUUGUCUGAUCUGGAUUCAUAAAAACCUUCAUGAACCAAUGUACAUUUUCAUUGCAGGUUUGCUAAUGAACUCACUUCUUUUUAGUUCUGCUUUUUACCCAAAGCUUUUGAUUGAUUUUUUGACUGAAAAACAGAUCAUUUCAUAUCCAGGCUGUUUAUCUCAAUAUGUUCUGUUUUACUCUUUAUGUGCUUCUGAGUUUUUACUCUUAGCAGCCAUGGCUUAUGACAGGUAUGUGUCUAUAUGUAAACCUCUGCAAUAUCACACCAUCAUGAGACAAACAAACAUCAUUAUUGCUCUGGUUUCAGCCUGGAUUGUGCCACCUUCUCAUAUGCUCGUGGCAGCUGCACUGGUUGCUAACGGUCAACUUUGUGACUUUACUUUGAAAGGAAUCUUUUGUAAUAAUUCGGUGGUAAAACUUCAGUGUGUGAGAUCAACAGUAAUAAUUAUCUAUGGUGUCUUUAUUUUGUUCAAUCUUGCAAUUUUACCUGUGUUCUUUAUACUUUUUACAUACAUAAAGAUUCUUAAAAUAUGUUACAAAAGUAGUGCUGGUGUGAGGAAAAAAGCUGCAGAGACCUGUUUACCCCACCUGCUGGUGUUACUCAGCUUAUUAUGUCUGAUCACAUAUGAGGUCAUUGUGGUCCGACUGGAAACAAAUAUUCCAAAAACUGUUCGUUUAAUAAUUACUUUAAAAAUUAUUGUGUAUCAUCCUCUCUUCAAUCCACUGAUAUAUGGACUAAAAAUGAGAGAAAUUUCAAAACACCUCAAGAGGUUGAUCUGUCAAACAAUUAUAACUGUUUAG